AUGCAGGACGCCUGGACCUCGUCGGACAUCCACGGACUAGGUCAGUAACGACAGCACAAAUCCACCGGCUGUCUCCUGAAGCGCUCCCUACUGUCAUCCCUGUACCAAAUUCUCCAGCGUCAACGACAACCACCCCGACCGCCACCAGUGAUCACACUCCUGAUGCUUCGACGCCUGAGCCGACAUCGUCCACCCCCACCACCUCUGUCAACCCUGCCGCAACCACCGCGAUUAUGACCGCCAUUUCUCCCAUCACUAAUAACGGCGAGGACACUCCGGACGCCGUCAGCCACCAUCCGCAUCACUAG